UAGCUAUAAAAUAGCUAAGUUGGCAACAGUGUCAGGAGGGCACUAGUAGAGAUUUUUAUUCAAAAUUUAAUUACAAUUAAACAUUUCGUGGUUUGGUUAAGCGCAGCAAGCAAUAAAUUCGCACACACAAUAAAUCUGACUCCCAUGGCCAUGUCCAUACUGACGUCACUGGGCAUAUUUAGCUGUGCAUGCUGGAAACCAAUGAUAACAUGUCUAGUAAUCCGUUUGAUAGCGACGAGGAGCCGAGUGCCGCCAGUGACGAGAUACUGGAGGGCUUCCUCUGUCCCAUUUGUCGUGCCGACCUGAAAUCUAUUGAUUUCCUAACGGAGCACUUUGCCCGCCAACAUGCCGAGGAGGAGGAUGCCCUGAAAUCCGUCUUUAAGGAUAUAUUUACUAAAGCCAAGAAGAAAAUCCUCAACAACUUUGACGAUGAUCGCGAUCGUGGAGCUUCGUCGACAGUGUCCGCGUCCGCUUCUGCGUCGGCUGCAAGAGCCUCCAAUGCGGGACCCAACGGAUCGAGGACGAGCAAUGCGAGGACGCGUAACAAUGUCUUUAACAAUAUGUCGAGGCAAAGUGUCGGCGCCGAGCGCUCCUACAAUGAAUACUUUCAGUCCGUGCGCAAUCCUCGCCUGGAGCGUUACGCCAGCGAGACGAACAAGCUGAUCAUAAGACUGCACCGACUGUUGAAGGACUUGCCCACGGAUGCAGUGCAGCGCAAGCAACACGAGCAACAGACAGUUCCUUGGCUGGACGGAAGCUCCGUCAAGCUGUGUCCCAAUUGCGCCAAAAGUUUCCACAUUGCCCGGCGGCAACAUCAUUGCCGUCUCUGUGGUGGCAUCAUGUGCCAUGACUGUUCCCGGUUCCUGCCACUGGAGAAUGCAAUGCAAUUGGCCAGUUUGUCCACUACACGGAGCGAUCCCGUGCAACAGAUGCAGCAUCACGAGGAUCGGUCCAUACGUCUCUGCCAGCAUUGCCUCUGGCUGCUGGACACGCGUCAGGAUAUGCACGAGAGCCGCACUUGCCGCCCAUUGCUUGCCCAAGUCUAUGAGGAGAUCAGGCAGCUGGAGAAGCAAGUCUCACCCGAUUUGGACAUGUACUUGAAGAUUGUCAACAGUCUGUACGAGGGCGAGUCCAUCUUUACCAUCGCUGAUGCGGGUGCAUUGCGUGGCAAGAUUGGUCAAGUGGCGGAGACAAUUGAUGUACGGAGCAAACGUAUAUUGACAAUACAUUCUGAGCCGGGCAGCCGUGAGGAGGCACUGAAGAAGGCCAUCAGGCUAAGCUGUGUUCAGCUGAUCAAGGAACGCAUGCUUUCACUGCCUCCCCUGCCUGAUGAAGCCCUUAUACUUCAGAUCCAGGAGCGCAAGCGCAUGGAAACUGAACAGCGCAUUCUAACCGAGCAGCGAAUGGCGAUGGAAGCCUAUGAGCGCUAUGGUUCCACAAUCCAAGCCGGCGUCAGCAUGGAGAACCGCAGCUUUGCCCAAGGCUCCGAUCUGCAAUCCUUGAACAACUGGUCAGCACCACAAGCGUCCACGACAAAGUCGAGUGUGGAUGAUCCGCUAAUCGAGCAAAUCAACAAUGUCAAGGGAUACAUCAAGCAGGCGCGUCAGGACAUGAACUUCGAGGUCGUCGAGACGCUGGAGAUGAAUCUGCGGGAUCUGCAGCGGGAGUUCUACGAGCGACAACGUCACUCCAGUCACAGCGCCACAUCGCCCCAAUCUGGCAACUAGACACAUCUUUAGCUUAAACAAAUACAGUAUGUCAAGUAACUCUUUUGACAAGAAAUAAACAUAUUUUUAUUUUUCAAAAUUGUUAAACCCAAA